AUGUCUCACGAACUUAGUAAUAAGAAUAUUUUUAACUACUUCUUCCGAACAGUCGCACCCGAUGGAUUCUUCUACGCAGCAAUGGCCGCGUUCUUGGGGAGAAUGGGUUGGAGAUAUGUGGGUCUUGUACACUCGGAAAAAGUUUGGAAUCCACUUAAUGCAGCUCAAUUUGUUGACAAAAUGAGACAUAAGGGUAUUUGUGUUGGGCCACAAUUACACAUAUUCCCUCGUACAACUGACGAACAUUUUGAUAGAUACAUAGAGAAGUUGGUCUCGGAUGAUAAAGAACCUAAAAUCGUGAUACUUGUCACGUCCACGCGCGAGUCUCGCGCGAUGUUGGCGGCAAAGAAAAGAAACGCGCGUGGAAAUGAGCUGAUGUUCGUGGCGGGAGUAACUUGGAGCAAUCGCAAGACCAUUACAAAAGGUGAUUAUGGUGGAAUAUAG